GGAGAGGGGGACAGGUCGUGUCUUCUUCGUCACUGGUUUAGUCUGCUUGAUGAGAGACGUCGACAUCGCAUUGACCAUGAUGAUUCCCAUUAUUGUUGCAAAAGAAUGCAGUGCAAGCCACAGCUUGAAAUUGACAGCCAGUUUGAAAUCAGCAUGGCGCGCACGGCUUCGCCCUGCCGCGUUUCCGUGGGAACGUCGACGCUGCAGUCUAUUUGCCUCUCGUCCUCUUCAUCGUGCAUGCGCGCGAAUGCGGCCCUCGUCGUAAGCAAGGCUGGGACAACAGCAGGCAGGCCCGCGCCUCCCAAUGCAAAUCCACCGCAUGCCAACGUGCAUAACGUGUUGACGUUCACGACGGGACCAGUGAAUGCGCAAAGCUUCGCAAACACGGACGAAUUGCGAGGGCUAGCCACGUUCGCGCUAGUGGACGACAUCCAGGCCCGGGUGUGGCGUUCGUACCUCCCGGAAAUUGUUGCGGAAGCGAGACACCUCCGGCACCAAGCACUCGAGACACCGUUGUGCCGCCUCUUCUCUCUGCGUCAUCAGCGGGACGAGCAUCUCCAUCGGGAGUACUACGUCACGGAUUCUGAAGAAGGGUCGAGUUAUGUGUCUUCCAGCUACGUGGGCUCUCCGGUGCACCAGCCCUCUUCUCCGGCUAAUCAGGGCUCGGCGACGGUCCUCGGCCACGAAGCAGAAGAACCUCCUGCAGCGGAAGGAAGAGUCAUAUUCGGAGCAGGAGAGAAAUCAGGAUGCCGCAGCCCGGGUUUGGAAAGUGGCGAGCGGUUUUUGGGUGAUGAAGAACGAGCUGCUGACGUUGAUGUUCCUGCUCCCGAACAAGGGACGGACCCGUUACCAACAGUCGGUCCGCCACAUAGACGCGCAUCGGAUACGGAGCAGAUGACAGGAUCAAGAAGCGCUUUCGUGGGUGCGACGUGUGUCGAGCCUGCAGCUGCAUCUUGGGAGUUUGCACACCUCGAACUCACUUCGCCAGCAGCACGAAACGGGAUCGGAGGCAGCGCCGGUCCUUUCUCCAACACGAGCACGACGAAGGGUCUGGAUCUCGCCUGCCUGGUCGCGCUGAGGGAAAAGUUUUCCGUGCGGGAGCAGAAGGAAGCUGUGAACCAAUACGCCGAUCCAGUUUUCCGCAAGGAGCGGUACGCGAUCGAGAAUUCGCCGUAUGCCAGGGCGCUGAUUCGUUCAUCCCCAUCUGCUCGAGCAGCGCCGGGUCGUGGUAGCGAAGCUUCUGAAGUUUCUGAAGAACCAGGUUGCGAAAACCUAGACCAACCCCGCACGGAAUCGGAUGCACAACUACGUGCCAGCAAUAAGCUGCCUGUUCGGACACGCACAAGCAGUCAACGGGAAGACGCUGCCGCAAACAGUGCGUACCCGACGUCCUGGUCCGAGAUACUCUCUUCACCUGUUCACGUCGAUUUUGGUACAGCGCAUUCAUCUUCGAAACUGAGGCGGACGCGCGUAGACCUGGACUGCAGCGUUUGCAGAAGUGUCCUAUCUGUUCGGGAAAAUUCCGUGUCAAAAAAGAUGGUCUGCCUGCCGUGCGGUCACGCAGUGUGCGAAGGAGCUUGUUUGCAAGAGAUACUGGAUCUGUUUCCGGGGCAUGACCGGUUAGUGUGCCCGUCGUGCGGCUCGUGCUGACUGCCUGCGUUUUUUUUUUUUUCGGUUCUCAGGAGUUGUUACAUUGAAAGUCAAACUAGGUUGCACCUCACACUGUUUUAGUAUGAAUUACUUAGUAUGAAAAGAUAACGGAGUCAGAAGUAAGUUGGUAAGUACGAACAAAAGCUGUGGAGGAGGUACAGUCGGUCAUAACCAUAGUCAAGAUUAUUUCUAUGUGCAUUCAUCAUAACAAACAUGAGAAGAACAAGAAGUCGUUUGCUGGGUGUGCAUCUGCAUGCCAGUUUGUAGGUGGAGCUACGUGAAAAUCAGAUGCCCCCUUUUGAAUUCUGAGUAGUUACUACAAGUAGUAGCACAGUAAGUAUGAAUUGGGACGGUCGGAAACCCACUCUGAAUGUACAUUUGCGUUUGGAUAUAUCAUUUCUUCUGCAGCAACUUUUUCGUCAGUUACAGCUGGCAGACGUUUGUCAGG